GUUUUGCCGCUCAGCGGAUGUGAUUGAAGUGUCCGAAGUUUCAAACUUCAAAAUGAGGAAAAGAAUGAACAAAGAAACAGUUACCUCGUUAUUCCUAUUUUUUAACAUAUGUUGUUCUAUAUGUAUUGUACUCUUAAAUAAGUGGGUAUAUGUCCACGUAGGUUUCCCUAAUGUCACUUUAACUUUUCUGCAUUUCGUUGUUACUUACAUUGGCUUGGAAGUAUGUAGAAGAUGCAGUGUUUUCGUAAAAAAGUCUCUGCAGGUUAAGGACAUUAUUUCGGUAGCUAUAACAUUUUGCGGGUUUGUGGUUUUUACGAAUCUCAGCUUGCAGCACAACACUGUAGGUACUUUUCAAAUCGCUAAAUCACUGACGACACCUUUCAUCAUUAUCUUGCAAAUGAUGUUAUAUGGGAAAAAGUUUUCUGUGCGCGUGAAGUUGACGCUGAUUCCAAUAACAGUCGGUGUUUUCCUGAAUUUUUAUUAUGAUCUGCAGUUCAGUUUCUUAGGGACGGUGUACGCUUCUGUGGCUGUGGUUGUAACGUCAUUUUAUCAAGUGCUUGUCAGUAAAAAGCAGCAGGACUUGCAAGUGGAUCCUAUGCAACUUCUGUACUACCAAGCUCCAAUAUCAUCAUUGAUACUACUUAUACUUUUACCAUUCAUUGAACCAGUAGUGUUCACAAUAUCCCACAACUGGAGAACUGCAGAUGUUUGCAUGAUACUUGCAUCAUGUUUCAUUGCCUUUUUUGUAAACAUCUCAAUUUACUGGAUCAUUGGAAACACUUCACCACUGACAUACAACAUGGUUGGACACCUUAAAUUUUGUGUUACCAUGCUAGGUGGUGUACUGUUGUUUGAAGAUCCUCUUCAUAUUAAUCAGGGUGUUGGUAUUUUGCUCACAGUUAUUGGGAUAACUUCUUAUGCACAUGUUAAGGUUACUGAGCUGAGACCAGUGCCCAAAACAGUAGAAGAAGGUUUCCAAAUACUCCCUGGUGGUAGGAUUAGCUAGUUUUGUUUCUGGGAGCUGAGCACUGGUUAAUGUGGCUGAAACCUUUUCAGUCUCGCCAUCAUCUUCAUCCUACAGACAGACAAUUUUUCUCAUCUAGGAACUCAUGCUCAUCUUGUGUCAAAAUGUAGCAUUUGUAUUCUGAAAGAGAAAAUGAUAUUGGUAUAUUGCAACAUUCUUAUCACCACAGUAGUUCAGUGAUGAUUUAAGAAAGAAUUAUUGGCAUGUAAAACAGUAAAUGCACAUUUGUUCUGUAUCUUAUGAACUGUAAUUUUUCAUAGCGAAACAAAAGUGCCCAAACAUUGGUGAUGCUACUUAUGAGUAAAAGGUGAAAUUUUAUAUUUAAUUUAUCAUGAUGAAGUGCUUCAUAGUUAAGUUGUAGCAUUCAUGUAUGUAUGUUAGGUGUGUAAACAUGAUCUAGUUCAAUCCAGUGUGCAUAACAUGCCAUAGGAAUCUUUUAGUUUUAAUAAAACCUUAUCUGCUGAUAAUUAUAAACAUUAAUUGAUCUAUGUGAAGAGACAAUAACAAAAUAUUAGUUUUGUAUGAUAUGCAUUCACAUGCUUUUUAGAAUAUGCACUAAUGUGCACUUUUUUUACAAUUUCAGGGACAACAUGUAACGUGAUAUUGUCAAUAUCUUUACUAUGUAAAGAAGAUAUGAUGAAUGCAUUAAGACAUGACAUCCUCAUACCAUAAUUAUACUUACUUGUGUAUCUUUCACAAAUCUGUAAUUCAUUCAUUCAUGGCCAAAAGUGCUAUUUGUGAUACAUUUCUCUACAUGUUAUUAAGGAAUACAUGUUAUACAUAUACAAAUUAGAACUGUGUGUUCAUAUUUUGAUUCAGAUUCAUGCUAUUUGGACCAGAAAUGUAUGUAUUUCCUCUUGUAUUUGUCCCGUUAAGAAGUGACCCAAACAUUGUGGUGGUAUAAUAAUAUGCUGGAAACAGCAACAGCAGCUGCAGCAACAACAAUAACAAUUAAAAGAUUCUUAGUUUAACUAAGGCUAACCUUAGUAGUUGGGCUUUUUGCUCCAUCAAAAGCACAUGAUAUCUUAGACAUUGAUAACUUGAUGCUUGCUGUUUCCUGUCCCUUAAAUAUUUCCUGAUAAUUUUGAGAAAUGUUCCCUUUCCCAUGGAAUUUACAUCAAGAAAAUGUUAAAUAUAUACAUCAAAAGUGGACAGGUCAACAUUGAAAUGAUACAUUAGCUGUGAAUUUGGUUGACUUGUAUUUCUGUCUGUCAAUUGGUACUUUUUAGCUCAGCUUCCUUGAUUAACCAUUUAUUUAAACAAGCAUAUGGAAUUUUAUCUACAUGGUGCCCCUGGAGGAAUAGUCAAUAUUUAGGAGUAUGUCAGAAACAACCAUUUGAAGCAAAGAAGUCUAGUAAACAUGGGCUCUGAAAUGCAUACCUUAAGAGCUAUGGGCUCUUGUUCGGUACAUUAGACGUGUUUCGCAAUAGCAAAGAUGAAGUACUGCUCAUAGCUCUUAAGGAAUGCA